AUGAUCUGCUUAGAGCUUGUCGUCGGAUUGAUAAAGGGCUGUCAAGAACUUGAAAUGCUCCAAAAGCUUCACCCACAGAAUGCAAUUCAGAAAAUGAGCUGCGGCACCUUCCAGGUGCAUAUUUUUGCCAUGUUCCUCGUGCAGGGAGCCAUUAUGGGCUACUUUGCCUUCAUCAUAUGGAGUCUCAUUGUUCGGAUCGAGGCAGGAGAAAUGGGACAGCCAUCACUGCUGAGGGAUCAGGAGCUCGCAGAGAGGGCUGGAGCUCUUGGCGAUCCCUGGCUAUUUGUGAAUGCACCUGGGAGCGACCCGAAUAGUCUCCUGCGACCAAACGUAAGAGUUCAGGGGUCACGGCCCAGCCCGGGCCCAAGAGCCGACGCCGGUGGUGAGCUGA